GUGAAGACGGGGUGGUGGCUCCUGAGGGUGCUAUGUGGAUGGAGGUGCCUCAUGAAGGGGCUGUGGCCAGAGGGAGGAGGGCGCUGCUGCUGAGAGUUCAGGAUGAGGCAGGUGGGGUUCAGCUGCUUUUCAGCGCUGCUAUUGACACACAGGCAGUGCAAGAAGAAAUGAGGAAUGCCUCAGGCUGGAUGGGGCUUGGAGCAACCUGAUUUAGUGGAAGGUGUCCCUGCCCUUGGCAGGGGGUGGAACAGGAAGCUUUGGUAAUCACUGUGGAAUUCCUGGUAUGAGAAGGCAGAGCUCAGGGCAGAGAGAAGAUCCUUGCUGAACAGCUGUAAUGAUGAAGGCACUGAUUUUAAUUGUCCUAAUCACCUCUUUGCUGGCUUCAGGGAAGAAAUUUCGAUGGUGCACCCUGUCUGACCUGGAACAAAGAAAGUGUGCUGAGCUCUCCAAAGUGCUUACAGCUGUGCUGCCCCUCACUCCUGCCAGUUCCUUUACCAGGAUUUCUUGCAUCAGAGCCCACAAUACAUAUGACUGCAUUGAUAAAAUCAGGGCAAAUAAAGCAGAUGCUGCCUCCUUGGAUGCUGGAGAUGUUUACUCUGCUGUAAAGCUGUAUGGUUUGGCAGUGGUGGCAAAAGAGAUCUAUGAUCAAGGAAAUUGUGUGUUUGCUGUGGCCGUGGCCAAACGAGGAGCUCUGGAUGUCCGGAGGCUGCGAGGUGUGCGCAGCUGCCACAAUGGAGCCAAGUGGACGUCGGGCUGGAAUAUUCCCCUUGGCUUUCUCCUGGCAAGAAAUUCUCUUUCCUGGGAUGAGUCCCAGCCUCUGAGCCAAGCAAUUAGUGAGUAUUUCAAUGCAAGCUGCAUCCCUGGGGUUGGUGUUGCUGCUCCCCAGUUGUGUGCUCUCUGCCAAGGACAAAAAUCCUAUGUCAGAGACAGGAACCACUUCUGUGAGACAAGCAGUAAUGAACCCUUCUAUGACUCUGAGGGAGCCUUCAGGUGCUUGAAGGAUGGAGUGGCAGAUGUUGCCUUUUUAGAUCAUCUAAGAAUUAUGAGUGCCACAGAGUCAGAAAAAGAGGAAUAUGAACUCCUGUGUGCUGAUGGAUCCACAGCUGAGCUGACUGAAUACAGCACCUGUAACCUGGGCAAGGGGCCUGGCCGUGGCAUCGUCACCCGCAGCAACUUCCAGAAGAUCACCAACAAAUUUCUGAGCAUGAUCCAACGCCUCUUUGGGCAGAAAGGAAAGGAAAGAGCCAGAUUUGAACUCUUCAGUUCAGCCCCCUUUGGGGGAAAGAACCUGCUCUUCCGAGAUGCCACUCAGCACCUGCAGCUUCUCGAGGAGCAGCUGGAGAUUGCCUAUGUCCUUGGUCUGGAUUAUGUGGCUCUCCUUAAGGGACUCGGCCAUGAAGGGAGCUCCUUGGAGAACAGCGUCGUGCGCUGGUGCUGCAUCAGCGAUGCUGAGCUUCACAAAUGUGAGGAGUGGGCACUGAACAUCAAAUCUGACCCCUUGGUCUGUGUCCAGGCAACUUCCAUGACCAAAUGCAUUGAAAUGAUCAAGAGUAGUGAGGCUGAUGCUGUCACCCUGGAUGCAACACAUGUGUACAUUGCAGGGAGAUGUGGACUGGUGCCUGUAGCUGCAGAAUGCUAUGGGGGAGAUUGUGCCCCAGCAGCUGAGACCAUGGAGAAAACAGGGAAACUAAUUCAUCUGAAGCACAAAGCACUACCACCAGUUUAUGCUGUUGCCCUAGCUAAGAAAAGUGCCAAACAGAUUCACAUCCAUAACCUCAGGGGAAGGAGAUCCUGCCACAGUCACCUGUACAGCCCUGCAGGGUGGUUACUUCUGUCCAGACACACAGUGCGAGCUCAGCAGAAUGACACUGAGAACUGUGAUAUUGCCUCUGCUUAUCAGAAUUACUUUUGGAAGGGCUGCAUGCCAGGAGCAGAUGGAAACCUGUGCAAGGUGUGCAUUGGAGAUGGGGAGGUGGAAGGAGCUCGAGUGUCCAGCAGAUGUGCUGCGAGCCACAACGAACGUUACUAUGGCAACAUGGGAGCACUCAGGUGCCUAGUUGGCAAUCCCAGUGGAAGAAGCUUUGGAGAUGUAGCUUUCCUGGAACACUCAAACCUGCUCCAGAACAUAGAGGAUCUGGGCAGCUCUGGCUGGGCUAGAGGUUAUUCCGCCCUUGACUUUGAGCUCCUGUGCGCGGACGGAACGCGCGCGGCUGUCACAGAAUGGGCCGGCUGUAACCUGGGCCCGGUGCCCCCCAGCGCGGUCAUGACCCGACCAGUCACUGUCACCAAAAUCUCUGACUUCCUGCUGAAAUCUCAGGAAUCUCUGGGAAGCAAACUGGAUUCUGAAUUCCAGCUCUUUCAGUCAUGGAAGUAUGGUGAAAGUGAUCUGCUUUUCAAGGACACCACUCAGUACCUUGUUCAUGCAAGUCACCUGAGCUAUCAGGAGAUCCUUGGAGAGUCUUUUGUUCAGCUGGCAGAAUCAGUGUUUAAUUGCACACCUGCAGGCAUCUUGGACUUCUGCAAACAGGAUAUCUGUGCAUCCUCAUCCAACUGACAGCUCAUACAGGGCACAAAACAUCAGCAUCACUGCUGAGAACAAGGGAAAUGUGCAAAUCCAGCCAAUCCAAAGCAAUCAGCAAGGAGUCAUCUCCAGAAAUGUAUGCUGAACACCACCUUGUGGUUUUUUUUCCCAGCAGAUUUUGUUUAUGAUGAUGUAAUACUACUCAUAUAUUAUCUUUUUCUUUUUUGGAGCAUGGCAGCAUGGGGAACAGCACAACCAACAGCACAAAACUAGGAUCAGCAUUGUGGAAAGAGCAGGGCCAGUACCAUGGACUAAAAUACAGACUUGGUAGGAGUGGCACAGGUUAGUUGGUAGCAUUUUGCCUUGUUUGUCUUAUAAACAGUUUCCAUGCAAAACCCCCAGUCAACUGACAUUUUGGUAGUUGCAAUAUUGUCUUCCUGUAUCUGUGAUUUUGGUUGCAGCUAGAUAGCCUCUGCUGAAUGCACAUCUAUAUUUCUUCUUUAACCAGUGGUUUUUUAGUAGUAAAUCAAAACAUUUUUCUCACAAAUAAAUGUAUUAAGACAUUUAAUAGCCAGCAGAA